AUGAGUGAAUAUUUAGCUAUAGCAAUUUUUAUCUGCGUGUCAAUUAUACUAUCUCUUGCUUUGGGUGUAUUGCCUAUGUUUCUUGCAAUAAGCAAACCAGAUAGUGAAAAACUUUCUACAUAUGAGUGCGGUUUUAACCCUUUAUCAAGAGCAAGAAAAAAUUUUGACAUUAAGUUUUAUUUAGUUUCAAUAUUAUUUAUGAUAUUUGACUUAGAAAUUGCUUUUCUUUUUCCUUGCGCUAUUUCUUUAUCUAAAAUAAGCUAUUGUGGAUUUUGGUCUAUGAUGAUAUUUCUUGCAAUACUUACUGUAGGUUUUAUCCAUGAGUGGUGUAAAGGUGCAUUAGAAUGGGGCUUAUGCUCGUUUAGAACUUGCAUUGUUAGUAGAGUUUCAUGCUUUACUUGGCUCAACAAAAUAGACAUUCGUUCAACCUCUGCUACUGCACUGGCUAUAGUUAUUACCAUAUUAGAGAUUAUUUUAUUUAUCUUUUCAAUUAAACUUACUUUACACUUCGCAAAGUAA